UCAAAAAUAUCGUGAGUGCGCUAACACGUUCGUAUUUAAUUAUUUUUAAAUCGCGUUAUUUCUGUUUACUUAGUUCAUUACUACAGCUUCUUAAUUAAAUUAGUGAAUAAAUAAUAAAAGUGCCUAACCAUGACAGUGACUAAAAGUGAUUUAACAAGUAAGUCGAAAAAGAAACAGACUGCCGCUGCUAGUUCAUCUACAAAUAAAACUACUGGAAGUUCAUCAACAAGUAAAACUAUUGGAACUUCGUCGACAAGUAAAAUUACUGGAAGUUCAUCAACAAAUAAAAUUACUGGAAGUUCAUCAACAAGUAAAACUACCGGAAGCUCAUCGACGAGUAAAAGUACUGCAACAUCCAAAGUUAUAUCUAAAAAAAGCGAGACUGUCCAAUCUGGAAAUGUAUCUAAAUCAUCUUCUUCAUCCAGUUUACAAAUUUCUGACAUUUCCCACUUGCCGGUAAAUACUUCAAUUGUUUCAUAUAAAGUAACUGAGCAAUUACCAACAGGAGUUGGAGAAAAAAUUACGACAUAUGAAGAUUCUGGUGCCGUUUCUACUGAAUUCAGACAUUUCAUUGUUCAAGAUUCAUCAGCAAGUCAUUCUACACAAAUAGAACAAAUCAGUUCAACUUUAAAUCAGUCAACGGCAAAUAUUUACGAUUCAACAUCAAAUAUAUCACAAAUUUCAGAUUCUACAUAUACAGUAACAGAACCCAUGGAAGAACUGAAACUAUCGUAUAACAGAAAUGAUUCUGGAUGGAAUGGUAAAUUUGUUACCGAAAAACCUUUACAAAAGGAUAAAACAACAAAAAUUCAAAUAAGCAAAAGUGAUAAAAAAACGCACGUUGAACAAGUGACAUCUAAUCAAAAAGGUACUUCUUCUAAAGAGGAAAGUACUUCUAGUAGUUAUCUUAUCGAAUCUGUAGAUGGGAAAGACAGAAUAGUUGACCAGAAAUACGAACAAACUGUACACGCUACACAAGAUAACGCUUCCUCAGCCAAUAAUAACAUUUUAGAUAACUCCAAUAAAAUGUUUACUAACAUAGAUCGAACCGAUUCAACCUCUCAAAAAUCAGGAUCGACGUAUACGAUUAAUGAAUCCAGCGAAGAAUUGAAAUUGUCUUAUAAUAAAAACGAUUCAGGAUGGAAUGGAAAAUUUACUUACGAAAAUCCACCCAAAAAAGGAACUAAUAUAGUCAAACAAGAUUCGUCAAAUAUUGAAUCGAAACAGUCAUCUUCUUCAUACCAAGAACAUUCUUCUACAGAUGUGUUUGAUACAAAUUCAGGGUCUGAAACAUUCGUUAUUUCAAGAACAGAUGAGCACAUCACCAUUCCAGAAUCUCAAUACAAAGGAAAGUCAGUGGUAAGCACAAAUAAAUUUGAUACAGUAACUUCAGAAAAUAUUUCUAAACAAUUUAUCGAUACAGAAAAAAUAGAUGCUACAAAUAAAAUGGAUUUUAGUGAGUAUCAAAAAACAAGCGUCAGUGAAACUAUAAAAAAUAUUACACCUAAAGAUUUAGGAAAAACGAUUACGACUUCUAAUACGUAUGAUUCAAAAGCAAAUGUAAUGAAAACUGGUAUUGACGUUGGUGCUACAGCACCUACAACUUCUACACCUAAGAAACAACCAUCUAAUUCAAAAGAUACAAAAAGCAAAUCUACUCAAAAAGUAAGUGAAGAGGAUCACGUACAAGAUACUACUACCAAAUAUGUUAAUGAAGAAUAUCAUAAAAUUAAAAACUCACAGCUGGAUUCAAACUCUAACAAUUUUUAUGGACAUGGUGUUGAUUCCAAAAAUACAUUUGUGAGUAAUGUAUAUGAUACAAACGCCGUGCAAAAUACUAUUGGAACUAAAGGCCACAUAAAAAUGGAUCAAAAUAUCGACAAUACUGAUGUAAUUUACUCUAAUGAUAGAAAUUAUGGAAAGACUGGAUGGAAUGGAACCUUCACAGUUGAAAAGCCUAAAUCACCAACAAAAGAAAAACCUUCAGCUGGUCAGAAAACGCAAAAUAUUCCUUCUAAGGGAAAGCCUAAUGAAGGAACUCCAAAAUCCUCAGUAGUGUUACCAACUAAACCUACUGAAAAUACUAAAGACUUUUUAACAAUGGAAAGAGAUCAAAAUUUAAGGCAAUUACAUGAAAUACAUUCUGAUACAAAGGAAAGCUCUCAGCAUCAUAUUACAAAAAAAGAUUUAUCCAGAUCACAUCCAUAUGGUCCAGAUAAUUCCAAAUUGCCAGCUGCCGGAAAACCUUCAAGACCUAAGAAACGAACUGAAUCACCUCAAACAAUAACUUUACAAAAACGAGACAACAUGACUUCAGAAUCCGAAAAAGUGAUAGAUAUUAAAGAUACAAAAAUUGAAACAGAAACUGUUGUUAAUCAGUCAACUUUAGUUGAGCAUUAUGUUAUUGUCGACGACAAAAUUAUUACAAACUCUAAUAUUACAACAAGUGAUAAUUUAAUAAGUAGAAGUAUACCUCAAGAUUAUUCUACAAAAACAACUUCCGUAAUAACCACAUCAGAUUACCCUGUAGGGAUGUCCACAUCGCAAGUAGAACGUACUGAAAAUGUAUCAAAUAUUCUGAACGAAACGUUUAUAACUAAUGAAUUCCAAACAGUUGUUGAUGACAAAAUUGUUACAAACUCUAAUAUUACAACAAGUGAUAAUUUGAUAAGUAGAAGUAUACCUCAAGAUUAUUCUACAAAAUCAACUUCCCUAAUAACCACAUCACAAUAUCCUGCAGGGAUCUCAACAUCGCAAGUAGAACGUACUGAAAAUGUAUCAAAUAUUCUGAACGAAACGUCUAUAAUUAAUGAAUUCCAAACAGUGGUCGAUAAAAAAAUUACGAGUGACCAUUAUACCACUAUAUCAAAGGAUGAAAAUAUCGAUACGAAAUCAAUUAGCGAACUGAAAACGAAUAUUCAAGACCAUAUUGAUAAUCAAGAAACUAGAGAAAAAAUAACGGUGGUCAAAUCUGGUACAGAUGUAAUGAAUAAAACUUUUAUUAAAGAAGAUAUAAUUGAUAUAAAAAAUAUAGAAGAGGUUGAAAAUAAAACAAAUAUUACAAAAAUAAUUGAUGACAAAGUAAUAUUUAUUGAGAAGAUAAUAAAGGAACCAGCUCGCCCUGCGGUUAUUAAAACACCCAUGAAAGAACAAUGCAUCUGCCAACUUUGCACUUGUGGGCGCCACUCGUGUCCGCAUAAUCCAGAUAAUUAUAAUGAUCAUCUGCAUCCAGAAGGUCCAUUUUUUGGAAAACCAAAAGAUGACUAUAAUGCAGUCCGAGGGGAACGCUAUCCUAUUAUAAAACCUCAAGAUCAUCUUAAACCUGAAGGGGAAUUUGAAAGACCAGAAAAACAUGCAUGGAGUCCUGCAGAGAGACCAAAACAAAAAAGACCUGAAGACAAUUUAAAACCAGAAGGUGAUUUUGAAAAAAGAACUCCAGAAAAGUGGAGACCGGGUGAUAGGCCCGAUGCGAUAAAACCACAUGACAAUCUUAGACCAGAAGGAGAUUUCGAAAGACCAGAAAAACCCGGAUGGAGUCCAGCUGAAAGACCAAAACAAAAAAGACCCGAAGAUAAUUUGAAACCAGAAGGAGAUUUUGAAAGAAGAACUCCGGAAAAAUGGAGUCCUGGUGAUAGACCUGACGCACGAAGACCACUAGAUAAUCUUAGACCAGAAGGAGAUUUUGAAAGACCAGAAAAACCCGAAUGGAGUCCUGCAGAGAGACCAAAACAAAAAAAACCCGAAGACAAUUUAAAACCAGAAGGAGAUUUCGAAAAAAGAACUCCAGAAAAGUGGAGACCAGGUGAUAGGCCCGAUGCGAUAAAACCACAUGACAAUCUUAGACCAGAAGGAGAUUUUGAAAGACCAGAAAAACCCGAAUGGAGUCCUGCUGAAAGACCAAAACAAAAAAGACCCGAAGAUAAUUUGAAACCAGAAGGAGAUUUUGAAAGAAGAACUCCGGAAAAAUGGAGUCCUGGUGAUAGACCUGACGCACGAAGACCACUAGAUAAUCUUAGACCAGAAGGAGAUUUUGAAAGACCAGAAAAACCCGAAUGGAGUCCUGCUGAAAGACCAAAACAAAAAAGACCCGAAGAUAAUUUAAAACCAGAAGGAGAUUUCGAAAAAAGAACUCCGGAAAAAUGGAGGCCUGGUGAUAGACCCGAUGCAAGAAGACCACAAGACAAUCUUAGACCAGAAGGAGAUUUCGAAAGACCAGAAAAACCCGGAUGGAGUCCUGCAGAAAGACCAAAACAAAAAAGACCCGAAGACAAUCUGAAACCAGAAGGAGAUUUUGAGAGACCAGAAAAACCCGGAUGGAGUCCUGCAGAAAGACCAAAACAAAAAAGACCCGAAGACAAUCUGAAGCCAGAAGGAGAUUUUGAGAGACCCGAAAAACCAGGAUGGAGUCCUGCUGAAAGACCAAAACAAACAAAACCUGAAGACAAUUUAAAACCAGAAGGAGAUUUUGAAAGACGAACUCCAGAAAAAUGGAGGCCCAGUGAUAGAGCCGAUGUGAUAAAACCACAUGACAAUCUUAGACCAGAAGGAGAUUUCGAAAGGCCAGAAAAACCUGAAUGGAGUCCUGCAGAGAGGCGAGAUGUAAAAAAACCGCUAGAUAAUCUUAGACCUGAAGGUAAUUUCGAAAGACCAGAUAAACCUAAAUGGAGCCCUGCUGAAAUACCACAACAAAAGAAACCAGUAGAUAAUUUAAAACCCGAAGGAAACUUUACUGGAACAACUACAAUUAGUGAAGAUUAUAAAGUUGUUAGAGGAGAGAGAACAGAAGUAAUUCGCAGAGAAGAUAAUCUUAAAUUAUAUGGAGAAUUUGCAGAUAUUACUACCAACAAAACAGACUUCACUGGGGAAUUAGUAAUUAGGCCAAGUCCUGUUCGACGUAAUACAUUUACGAAAAUAGAUGGAGAGUUUACAGAGGACACCACUAGUAAACGCGAUUUUGUAGAUUUUAGUUCAACUGUAGAAAGAACCUUAGUUACCACACAUACUGAUAACCUAAAAGUUGAGGGUAACAUGACAUUUGAUACCUCCUCAUCUGUGGAAUAUACUGAGAAAACACCAGUUACAAGCAGGCGUCGGAAAACAUGGACUAAAGAUGAUGUUGAUAAAUUUUAUUCGACCCAAAACACGGAAAUCACCACAACAACUCAAGAAGAAUUUAAAAAUUACGACAUAACAGAUUUUAACAAAACUGUUAUAUUGCGUCAAGAUAAUUUAAGGUCAGAAGGGGUUUUUGAAGGCAUUUCUAAAUCAAGUGAGGAUUAUAAGCCAAAACAGGUUGAACGACAAACUAUAACUAAACCUCAAGAUAACCUCAAACCUGAAGGAGACUUCGAACGGCCUACUCCAACAAAAAUUACACCAGCUGAACGCAGAACUCCAAUUAAACCUGACGAUAACUUACGACCUGAAGGAGAUUUUGAACGUCCUGAAAAACCGAAAUAUAGACCUGCUGAGAGACCUCAACAAAAACGACCAGAAGACAAUCUUCGACCUGAAGGAGAUUUUGAGAGACCCACUCCAACAAAAGUUGGCCCAGGUGAACGCAGAACUCCUAUUAGACAUGAUGAUAACUUACGACCUGAAGGUGAUUUUGAACGCCCAGAAAAACAAAAAUAUAGACCAGCUGAAAGAGCUCAACAAAAACGCCCAGAAGACAACCUUAGGCCUGAAGGAGACUUUGAAAGGCCUACUCCGACAAAAGUUGGUCCAAGUGAACGCAGAACUCCUAUCAAACAUGAUGAUAACUUACGACCUGAAGGUGAUUUUGAACGCCCAGAAAAACAAAAAUAUAGACCAGCUGAAAGAGCUCAACAAAAACGCCCAGAAGACAACCUUAGGCCUGAAGGAGACUUUGAAAGGCCUACUCCGACAAAAGUUGGUCCUAGUGAACGCAGAACUCCAAUUAAACAUGAUGAUAAUCUACGACCUGAAGGAGAUUUUGAACGGCCUGAAAAACCAAAAUAUAGGCCGGCUGAACGACCCCAACAAAAACGUCCAGAAGACAAUCUUCGACCUGAAGGUGACUUUGAGAGACCUACUCCUACAAAAGUUGCUCCAGCUGAACGCAGAACUCCAAUUAAACAUGACGAUAAUUUACGUCCUGAAGGUGAUUUUGAACGUCCUGAAAAACCUGGAUACAUACCUGCAGAGAGACGCCAACAAAAACGUCCAGAAGAUAAUCUCCGACCUGAAGGUGACUUUGAAAGACCUACUCCUACAAAAGUUGCUCCAGCUGAACGUAGAACUCCUCUUAAACAUGACGAUAACUUACGACCCGAAGGAGAUUUUGAACGUCCGGAGAGACCUGAGUACAGACCUGCAGAGAGACCAAAACAGAAACGUCCGGAAGAUAAUCUUCGACCUGAAGGAGACUUUGAGAGACCUACUCCGACAAAAGUUGGUCCGUGUGAACGUAGAACUCCUAUUAAACAUGACGAUAAUUUACGUCCAGAAGGUGAUUUUGAACGUCCUGAAAGACCUGGAUAUAUACCUGCAGAGAGACCUCAACAAAAACGUCCUGAAGACAAUCUUCGACCCGAAGGACAGUUUGAAAGGCCUACUCCAACAAAAGUUGGUCCAGGUGAACGAAGAACUCCAAUUAAACAUGAUGACAAUUUACGACCUGAAGGAGAUUUUGAACGUCCCGAGAAACCAAAAUAUAGACCUGCCGAAAGACCUCAACAAAAACGUCCAGAAGAUAAUCUUCGACCUGAAGGCGACUUUGAAAGACCUACUCCUACAAAAGUUGCUCCAGCUGAACGCAGAACUCCUAUUAAACAUGACGAUAACUUACGUCCUGAAGGUGAUUUUGAACGUCCAGAGAGGCCUGAAUACAUACCUGCAGAAAGACCGAAACAAAAACGUCCCGAAGAUAAUCUUCGACCCGAAGGAGACUUUGAAAGACCUACUCCGACAAAAGUUGGCCCAUGUGAACGUAGAACUCCUAUUAAACAUGACGAUAAUUUACGCCCUGAAGGUGAUUUUGAUCGUCCAGAAAGACCUGGAUAUAUACCUGCAGAAAGACCACAGCAAAAACGUCCUGAAGACAACCUUCGCCCUGAAGGAGACUUUGAAAGACCAACUCCAACAAAGGUUGCACCAGCUGAACGCAGAACUCCAAUUAAACACGAUGAUAAUCUACGACCUGAAGGAGAUUUUGAUCGUCCUGAAAAAACAAAAUAUAUACCUGCUGAAAGACCUCAACAAAAACGGCCAGAAGACAAUCUUCGACCUGAAGGUGACUUUGAAAGACCUACUCCUACAAAAGUUGCUCCAGCUGAACGCAGAACUCCUAUUAAACAUGACGAUAACUUACGACCUGAAGGUGAUUUUGAACGUCCUGAGAGACCUGGAUACAUACCUGCAGAGAGACCUCAACAAAAACGUCCCGAAGAUAAUCUUCGACCAGAAGGAGACUUUGAAAGACCUACUCCGACAAAAGUUGGCCCAUGUGAACGCAGAACUCCUAUUAAACAUGACGAUAAUUUACGCCCUGAAGGUGAUUUUGAACGUCCUGAAAGACCUGGAUACAUACCUGCAGAGAGACCAAAGCAAAAACGUCCGGAAGAUAAUCUUCGACCGGAAGGAGAUUUUGAAAGACCUACUCCAACAAAAGUUGGUCCAGGUGAACGAAGAACUCCAAUUAAACAUGAUGACAAUCUACGACCUGAGGGAGAUUUUGAUCGUCCUGAAAGACCUGGAUACAUCCCUGCAGAGAGACCUCAACAAAAACGUCCCGAAGAUAAUCUUCGACCUGAAGGAGACUUUGAGAGACCUACUCCUACAAAAGUUGGCCCAUGUGAACGUAGAACUCCUAUUAAACAUGACGAUAACCUACGACCUGAAGGUGACUUUGACCGUCCUGAGAGACCUGGAUACAUACCUGCAGAGAGACCUCAACAAAAACGCCCCGAAGACAAUCUUCGACCUGAAGGAGACUUUGAGAGACCUACUCCGACAAAAGUUGGCCCAUGCGAACGUAGAACUCCUAUUAAACAUGGCGACAACCUACGACCUGAAGGUGAUUUUGAACGUCCUGAGAGACCUGGAUACAUACCUGCAGAGAGACCUCAACAAAAACGUCCCGAAGACAAUCUUCGACCUGAAGGAGACUUUGAGAGACCUACUCCGACAAAAGUUGGCCCAUGUGAACGUAGAACUCCUAUUAAACAUGAUGACAACUUACGCCCUGAAGGUGUUUUUGAUCGUCCUGAAAGACCAGGUUACAUACCUGCAGAAAGACCACAACAAAAACGUCCCGAAGAUAAUCUUCGACCCGAAGGAGACUUUGAAAGACCUUCUCCAACAAAAGUUGGCCCAGGUGAACGCAGAACCCCAAUUAAACAUGACGACAACUUACGACCUGAAGGUGAAUUCGAACGUCCUGAGAGACCUGAGUAUAGACCAGCUGAGAGACCCCAUCAAAAACGCCCACAAGAUAAUCUUAGACCUGAAGGAGACUUUGAGAGACCUACUCCAAGUAAAGUAACACCGGCUGAACGCAGAACCCCUAUUAAACAUGACGAUAACUUACGACCCGAAGGUGAAUUUGAACGACCCGAAAUUAUAGAAGUGGCUCCUGCUGAAUUACGAAGACCUAUCAAACAUGGUGAUAAUUUACGGCUUGAAGGUGAUAUGAUCAUUACAAAGAGAGAUGACUACGGAAUUAGUAAAGUUGACCGCACAAAAAUGAUUAAACAUGAAGAUAGUUUGAAAAUUGAAGGAGAAAGUGACUUCUCACGUAGAAAUGAUUAUUCUAAUGUAACUAUUAUUGAACGAAAUGAAAUCAGAAAACACGAAGAUAAUUUGAAAAUGGAAGGAGAGUGGGACAUACGUCGCAGAGACGAUUAUAGUCAGAUUACUAAAAUAGACCGAACACAAGUAAUUAAACAUGAAGAUAAUUUAAGAAUUGAAGGAGAAUUUACAGAUAUGCGGUCUAGAGACGAUUAUAAGUUAGUUGUUGGAGAAAAAUGUGAAGUUAUUAAACAUGAAGAUAAUUUAAAGAUGACUGGUGAAUUUGAACGUCCAAAACGACCAACAUAUGAGCCAACAGAAAGGCCAAUUCAAAAGAGACCUCAAGAUAAUUUAAAACCGGAAGGAGAGUUUGAUAGGCCUUCUGCGAUUCACGUUGGUCCAGGAGAAAGGAGAAGUCCAAUUAAACAUGACGAUAAUCUUAAACCAGAAGGUAGCUUUGAACGACCUGAGAGACCUGAAUAUAGACCUGCAGAGAUUCCUAAACAAAAGCGACCAGAAGACAAUCUUCGACCAGAAGGGGACUUUGAGAGACCGACUCCUACAAAAGUUGCUCCUGCUGAACGCAGAACUCCAAUUAAACAUGAAGAUAACUUACGUCCUGAAGGAUAUUUUGAUCGUCCUGAAAGACCUGAGUACAGACCAGCAGAGAGGCCACAACAAAAACGUCCCGAAGACAAUCUUCGCCCUGAAGGAGACUUUGAAAGACCUACUCCUACAAAAGUUUUAGCAGCUGAACGCAGAACUCCUAUAAAACAUUAUGAUAAUCUACGGCCUGAAGGAGAGUUUGACCGUCCUGAAAAGUAUAAGUAUAGACCAGCGGAAAUACCUCAACAGAAGCGUCCAGAAGAUAAUCUUCGACCUGAAGGAGAUUUUGACAGACCUACACCUACAAAAACUGCUCCAGGUGAACGUAGAACUCCUAUUAAACAUGACGAUAACCUACGCCCUGAAGGAGAUUUUGAUCGUCCUGAAAGACCUGGAUACAUACCUGCAGAGAGACCUCAACAAAAACGUCCAGAAGACAAUCUUCGGCCUGAAGGAGACUUCGAAAGACCGACACCUACAAAAGCUGGUCCAGGUGAACGAAGAACUCCUAUUAAACAUGAUGAUAACCUACGACCUGAAGGCGAUUUUGAUCGCCGUAAAGAAACUCAGAUUGUAACAGGCGAACGUAGAACACCUAUUAAACAUCCAGAUAAUUUGAGACCUGAAGGUGUAUUCGAAAGGCCACAAGCACCUGAAUAUCAAUCUAUCGAGAGACCGCUGCUGAAAAAACCACAAGACAAUUUAAAAAUUACCGGAGAAUUCCAAGACACUACCAUGGCUAAAUCUCAAUAUACUGUAGUAAGAGGAGAACGAGCAGAAAUAAAGAAACAAAAAGAUAAUCUUAACAUUGGUAUUGGAAAAAUGGAGUCAACCACUACCACACAGGACACUUUUGACAAAACAAUAAAAAUAUCUCCGUCACGAAGGAUAAUAAAUACACGCAAUCAUAUGGAAUCACAUUUUGUACUUGGAAAUGAUACUUCUAAAAUGCAAACUACCAAUGAAAGUAACUAUAAAUCAUAUACUACUAAAGUUGAUAGAAAAACGGUAAAUAAUAUAACACAUGUUGAUAAACAGGCCACCACUAUGAAAACAUCUGAAAUAAACAACAUAAUCAAUCAAGUAAAUAAUAUAAGCCAAAUCGAUAAACAAGCAACCACUGUGAAAACUUCUGAAAUAAACAAUAUAAUCAAUCAAAAAGGUUCUACUGAAACGGUUCAAAAAUUGCAUAGUGACAAUAUUAAAACUCUUCAAAAUGGAUCUGCCUCUACUACCGUUCAAAAAACAAUCACAACAAAAGGUUCGCAACAAGCCAAUCAAUUAGAACAAAGUGUUGUAAAGCAGAACAUUGUUAAUGAAGUUAAAAAAUCUUCAUCCUAUUCUCAUGUCAAUCAGGAAGUUCAAAAAUCUUCUGCGGUUAAGCAAGUAUCUCACCAUAAAAAAAGUACUCUUACUUCUGAAGAAAUUAAUAAUCAAAUUUUACACAGAAAAGGAAUUCACACCUCGUCAGAAGCUCUACAUGCUACAAGUUCAUCUGCAUUGGAUAUGCGAAAAUCCGUUUGUAAUAUUCAUGAUCAGGGUAGAACUGUUACAAAUACUGAAAGACAUAGUUUAAGUUCUAUGCAUCGCUCAAAUCAAGAAUCAAAUACUUCUAACAAACGUAACCAGCAACAAGUUUAUCAAGUCAUAGAAAGGCCCCAGAAAAUAGUUAAAAAAGACAAUUUAUCAGUUGGUGGCCACUUUUACGGUCAAUCAGAGUCUAAGUCUUAUGGCGAAUUUACUAAACAACAGAAUAUUCACAAAUUCGAAAAAGUAUCAAGAAGGUCCAAUAUAUCAAACAUAACAUUAGGCGAGAGUAAUACUCACAUUGUUACAUCUUAUAAAAAAGAAUUUACUCCGAGAAACAUUGGGCCUUGUCCAGCAGUACUAGUGGAUACUCCUCAAGGACCUUUCAAACAUACCAGAGAUACAAAGUCUCAUAAAUUUUAUAUGCCUGUAGUAAACAAAUAAGAUUUUCGCUUACUACAUUCUCAUAAUACGCUUUUUAAUUUUCGGUAAAGGUUUUUUUAUCUGCGUUAAUAUAUUAUUUAUUGUCAUUA